AUGUAUCAAGAUCUGUUUGAAGACGGAAAAAGCAAUAAUCAUUGUGGGCGCAAAUUCCGAAGGUGGCGGUGUUGUUACGCUUUUAUGCAGCUCAUGACGACUCUUGCUCCAAACAGUGUAUACCAAACCCUAUUCACUGGACAGAAUCAAGUUUAUACAAACUCAAGUGGUGAGGUCCUCAUGAAUUUGGACAUUUCAAAUGCACACGAAAACGCAGGAACAGACUCAUAUGUCCAGCAAGUUUGCUCUGUUGUUAUUAGCCAAGAAAAUCCAAUUACUUCUGAAGUACCAAGUGAACUAAAGGUAUCCGAAUCUAUUUCGUCUGGUCCAGUGGGACGUUUCGAAUGUAAUUACUGCCAUAAGAAUUACUUUUCUGAAUCCAAUCUCCAACUUCAUUUGGAUGUUGCUCAUCGUGGUUUACGUCGUUUUCAGUGUAACUUUUGCGGCAAAACUUAUGCUAAAGGUUUCCUUCUAAAAGCUCAUGUGAAAAGUGUUCAUGAAAAUUCCAAACCUUACAUGUGUCCAUUAUGUAAUAAAGGAUUCCCACAGAAAUGGUAUUUUGAACGUCAUGUGGCUUCUGUGCAUAAAAAAACUCCGUUUCCAGUAUCCUUUACGGUGCCACGACAACAGUCUCAACAACAGCAUCAAACUCUACAAACCCAACAAGAACAACAGCAAAUACAAGAAAUGCUACAACAUCAACAGGAGCAGCAACAACAACAACAACAACAACAGCAUCAAUUAAUUCAUCAACAACAAUUGACAGUCCUGCAAACUCAACCUCAUUCUCAACAAGUCAACUUGCCUAUGGGCACUAUAAUUGCUACACCAGGGUCUGUUCAGAAUUCAAUGCCUUCUGGUACACAGGUAAUGAUGGUUGCUCCUGGAGUCAAUAUGCCUAUGCCGGCAUUUUUCUUUCAACCACAACAAACCACUCCAUUUGCGAAUACACUUACUAUGAACCCACAUACAGCAGUUCUCCCGACAAGUACCAAUACACUAUUUCGUCCCAAUUGUGCUACAACUUCAGCGACAUUCAUCACCCCUCCGUUUGGUGUUAGUCAUUUACCCGUUAAACCGAUAACCUUUAAUUCUACACAAAUAGCUGUUACUGCUCCCUCAACUCCAUCGCCUUCUAGACCAUCAAAAGAAUAUCAGUGUGCGACUUGUUCCAAAGUUUAUCCUCGACGUCAAAGCUUACAAGCUCAUAUAAUACAGGUACACACAGACAAAAAGCCAUAUGAGUGUAAUGUAUGCCACAAGGGUUUUGUUCGUCGUUGGGAUUUUUAUCGUCAUGUGAACUCUGUUCAUCAUGAUAAUGCAACAGUUGCUAUAGGCAAUGAUAAACUAGAAGAAUAUGUUGCAUGGAUGCGUGGACGUCGAUCAUCGUUAGAUAUUAGCUGGGAAUGUUUGAAUGCUGUUCGACCUGAUUUAACUAGAGUUAAAAUAGAAGGACAACCGCAAACUUCAAAAAUGACACCGAAACCAGAACAAAUGAAUCAUUACCUUAUCGGAUCAGAUGUUACUGCUGUUGAUACAUCAGAUAUAAAUAAUUUAUGAUAACAUUUAAACAAAUAAUAUUAAUAAUGUUUACUUUUUGUAUAUAAAUAUGUAAAUGAGUUCACUCUUUUAUCUGCUAGUUUAUCGAUAAACUCAACACAAAAUAAUGUAGUUGACUUUUCUUUUUUCUUUUGUUUCCUUCUCAUUAGGGUAAUCUUUGUUUAUCAAGAGUCUGUUGUUUGGUUUUCUUUUCUUCUUAGGUGCAAUAGCCCUACUGUGAUCAUGUAUUGUUCUAUAUAUAAUAUAUUCAUUAAGUAAAUGUUCUUGCUCCAUACCCUUUAAAAUUUUUCAUACUUAUAAAAAAAAAACUUUGCAUGAAUUAUUAUUGCUGAAAUUGAUAUUAACGCGCUUAACCUGUUUAUGUUGAGCGUUUGAAAAUAUAGGUAGCAACAGUAUUAUUACAGACUACUUACUCUUUAUUCAACAAACCAAAUAAUAAUACUCUUUGUCUCAUUGAAUUUUUUUCCUAAUGCUUUUCGUAUUAUUAUUAUUAUUAUUAAAAAGCAUUAUUUUACAAUCAUGUAGUUAUAAUAAUUCAUUGUUCUUUCUUUUUUUUUUUACUCCCGUCAUGUGUUCAUCACUACACAAGUAAAUUUCUUUUUGUUAUGUAUCAAAUAAACAAUUUAUAUCGUGACUAUUGUUCCGCCCCCCGCCCAAGUAAAUUGUUUUAUCAUAAUGCCUGCAAUUGAAUUGAACUUUUUUUUUAAUCCUAUUUCAUAUUAUACAUAUAUGACAUUUUUUUUGCUUUGCUUCAGUAUAAUUAACUGAUGUAAACAAUUAAGUAAUAUUUUAUGAGUCUGUAAAAUUUGAUUAGUUCUCAUCUUUGAAUGAAUUAUUUACACUUUUUUUUUAUUAUAACAUGAGAACUGUCUUCUGUAUUUGAUUGAAGUGUAUAUUAAGUGUUCAGUAUUUUUGUGAGUCUAGUUAUUCGGAUAAAUUCUGAUUAAUAAUAUAUGAUCGAAAAUUUCCACGUCUUUAGUGACUAACAUAUAUCUAUAAUAUGUUCGAAAAUUUUCAAACUUAGCUCAUGGUUGAUACAUUUAGUCAUACAGAGUUCCAUUGAGCUAGCUGACAAAUUACUAUUAUGCAAUUAAUAACUCAGGAUUUCAAAGAACAUUUAAACUGUUUGUAGACUAUACUCUUAAAAAGCAUUAGAUAUUGUAACAGAGUAUGU